AGGCCAUCACAACAACAACACCACCGACACAGCUGCUGCUCUGCUGCCAGCCAACCAACACCCCAACACCACAGCACGCGCACACAGCACCUGCGCAGCACCGCUCCCACCUGGCAAACGCCCGUCUCCCGUUUCUUCACGACACUCCAAGUACAGCGCAUAGAAACGCAACGGCCAACCCGUGAGCCAAAGCAACACGCCAGCUCCAAAACAAUACGAGAAACACCAGAAGACUCGAAGCCAACACGCGCGCAAGCGAGAGCGUCUGUUCGCACACGCACGCGCACACACUAAUACACCACCCACCAGCAUGUCCAGCGAAGCAGCUGUGCCGUGGGAGCAGUUGCUGGUGUCUGACAACCUGCAGCAAGUGCUCCGCGCGAUUAUCCAGCGGCUAGACCGCCAUGAUGGCCUGCUUGCGCGCGGGCUGAGCCGGGAUGCAGGCAACGCAGAUGGCGGCGGCGGCGGCGAUGGCAGUGCAGGCGAACAAGGCACCCCAUUGACGGUGGUGCCGCAGCAGGACCUGCAAAGCCUCAAAGCCAGAUUAGAAGUGCUGGAGAACACAACCAUGGAGUCAAAGUUGGAGCAGCUGACGACACAGGCGCCAAUCAAGGCGGCGGUGGCCAAGGACAAGUCGUCGUUCAGGCUGGCAGACCACGUCAUCCCUCUCACACAGCUCAAGUCGCGCGUGGACACGUGCGACGUGGGCAUCCUAGCCAACUCGUCCGAGAUUGACGCCGUCAACGGGCGCCUCACGGCGCUGGCAGAUGCCGUGCAGGAGCAGCUUGCCAACAUGGUGAGCAAGGAGGAGUUCCAGGAGCUGGAGACAAAACACAACAAGCUGCAAGAGCAAGUCGACAAGCUGGCAAAGGACCUGAUUGAGCGGCUGGAGAAGCGAAUCAACGAGGUGCAGAAGCAGAUCGAUGCCAUGGUGCCGAGGAUCGAGGGCAACGAGCAAGGCGUGGCAAACAACAGGGAGCGCAUUGCCAAGGCACUGGGCCGCAUGCAGGAGCUGGAGAAGUCGCUUCAGGCAAUGCGAGAUGACCUGGACGCAAAGGCAGACAAGGCGUAUGUGGACGAUGUCGUGGCAGAGCUGAGGGAGCAGAUUGAGCAAAUCAACAUCGAAGAGAUCAAGGAAUUGUUGGAGAGCACGAACAAGCGGGUGGAUCUGAUGGACGAGCGAUGCGACAAAUUGGAGGACGACCACCUCGACCUCCGCCGCGAGUUUGCACGCUAUCAGCAAGAGAUGCAGGAUAUGCAGCUGGAGCAGCAGAUUGAGAACCUCAAGCGCGAACUCGAGGAAGCAAAGAGCGGCGUGUUUAUGAAGGCAACAGCCCGCAUGGACGCAAUGCAAAAGGAGACAGACAACAUUCGCGAAACACUCACAACAACACAGGGUCAAGUGCAGUUGAACCGGGAGACGAUGGAGGAGCUCGAGGAUGCGAUCCGGCAGAUCAACCCCGACGCCGUCGACACCACCAGCAACCGGGGCACGCGCGCACUCAUCCAGCAGCUCCAAUCAGACGUCGCAAAGCUUGAGCAGCGGUAUGCGGAUGCUGCUGCGCGAGAGGCCGACGGGCGCGGGCGAGCAGAGGAGACACAGCAGCUCCUUGACGACCUCAGACUCAAGCUUGACGAGCUGCAUCAAGCAAAGGCGGACAAGCACGUGAUGGAGAUGGCGCUGAAUGUGAAAGCGGACAAAGACGCCGUUGCGCGUGAUACAGAGCGGAACCUUCGGGCCGUGGAUGAGGCACUGACGGUCAUGAACGCGGGGACACAAGGCGUGCAGCAGCUGCUGGAGAAACAGGAGGGGCUGGUGCAGCAGCUGUCGAGCCAGCUGUCGAACAAGCUGGAUCGGGACGAAAUCGAGAAGAUACAGAAGCGCCUUGAGAACCAGCAGCUCACGCCUGAGGAAGCAAGAGAGCAGCAGGAGGCAAUCUUUGGCAAGUACGGCAUCUCGCUUGAGGAGGCGGCGGCGGGCAUGCGACGGCCACUGGAGCCGUACGCCUGCAUAUCCUGCAACCGCCCCCUCCGACCAGGCAGCCAACCACCCAUGCCAUCGCUGCCGCUGCUGCCAUCGAGCAAAGAUGGGCAGCGACAGGCGCCGUACAUUCCCCGCCGUGCACAGAGCGCAUCGGUACAGCAGCGCAGCCGCGAUGGGAUUGUGGAGGUGUCGGAGUUGCCGCGAUCAAUGCGGUCUGCUGGUGGUGCACACACGUCGCCACGGCUCAUGCAGACCUACAAGGAGCAGCGCGGCACACCACGCUCCGUCGUCGAGGUGCGACGAGACCCGCGACGGAGCGUGGAGCUGGUGGGUGAGGACGGACGCAUCUAUCACGGCAGAAUCGGCAGCCCGCGCUCUCGACCAUCGUCACGACCAACAAGCGGGAAGUGAACACCACCACCACCGCCAGCAACGGUGUGGUGGUGUCCCAUCCAAUCGGCGCUGCGAGCAACCUGUGACCAUCACACCUUCGUCACCACCACCAUCACUCUUGUUCAUUGCCACAUCGUGUCACCGCAAUUGUUUUCUUUGUUCGGUGGGUUGUUGCGCGGGUGAUCUGGCCUUGUGUUGACACACAUGCAUGUGUGGCCGGUACUCGCGGUAUUUUGCUUCCUCUUCGUUCUGUCAACAGCUAAUUUGGUUUCCCCGUAUUCUUGGUGUGUUUCUGACCUCUCAAUGCUGUUGUUUGCUUCACAUCUCAGUUACAACAACAACAACAACCAUUCUUGGUUUGCGUUCAGUGCUGCUUGCUUGCUUGCUUGUUUGUUUGUUUGUUCAUUUGUUUGUGUGUGUGUGUGUAUGUGUGUGUGUGUGUGUGUGUGUGUG